UUCCUCGGAAGCUUCCGGUUGCUGCGCUGUGUGGGUCGCCGCGGAUGGGAUGGAGCGGGACCUGCUCCGCCAGGCGCUGGGUUUCCAUGGCCCCGCGCUGCUCUCCCUGCUCCGCACCGAGCAGCACGAUAACCCCGACUUCCGGGGCCUCCUGCCUCCCGGGGGCCCCAGCCUGGAGCCGCCCCGGGAAGCCCAGCAUCAGCCGCCCGCCAGGAAAGAGAAGAGAAUUGAUAACAUUGAGAUACAACACUUCAUUGCCAAAAAAGCUGAUCUCCUUUUUGCUCUUUCAUGGAAACCAAGUGUAUCAACAGAUUCAGAAUCAAAUGAAGAGAAUGAAGAUUGUUAUGCUGUUAUGCCACCCCUGGAGCAGUUCAUGGAGGUGCCAAGUGAGGACAGGAGGGAGCUGUUUUUCCGAGACAUUGAGCGUGGCGAUGUUGUCGUCGGAAGGAUUAGUUCUAUUCGUGAAUUUGGCUUUUUCAUGGUGUUAAUCUGUCUGGGCAGUGGCGUCGCCAGAGAGAUCUCGCAGUUAGAAAUCACUGCUCUUUGUCCAUUGAGAGAUGUGCCUUCUCAUAGCAGCCAUGGUGAUCCUUUAUCAUAUUAUCAAACUGGAGACAUUAUACAAGCUGCAAUCAAGGACAUUGAUCGUUACCAUGAAAAACUCACGAUAUCACUGCACAGCUCUGCUCUUCCACCCAGUCUAUCUAGUACUAAACUGGGGGUAAUUAGUUCUGAAGACUUGCCUUUACAUUAUAGGAGAAGUGUUGAAGUAGCCAGUACUUCGGAGACGUAUGAAAAAGUCUUACAUCAUUCCUUGGGAUUUGCUAAUCCAGCAGUAGUUGAAUUUUUAUUAGGAAAACUAGGACUAAGUGAAUCCAGCCCACCAUCGUUAAUGAGAGGCCUGCAAAGCAAAAACUUCAAUGAAGAAGACUUUGCCUUUGCAUUGAGGAAAAAGCAAUCUGCAUCUUGGGCCUUGAAAUGUGUGAAGAUUGGGGUUGAUUAUUUUAAGGUUGGCCGCCAUGUAGAGGCUAUGAAUGAAUACAACAAGGCCUUGGAAAUAGAUGCACAAAAUGUUGAAGCCUUCGUAGCUCGUGGGGCACUUUAUGCAACAAAAGGAAGCUUAAACAAAGCCAUAGAUGAUUUUGAAGUUGCAUUAAAAAACUGUCCAACCCAUAGAAAUGCAAGGAAAUACCUCUGUCAGACACUUGUGGAAAGAGGAGGCCAGUUGGAAGAGGAAGAUAACCUGUUAAAUGCUCAGAAUUAUUAUAAGAGAGCUUUAAUUUUGGAUGAGACUUUUAAAGAAGCGGAGGAUGCCUUACUGAAACUCCGUAAACAUAUGCAGAAAUCUUUGGAAAUGAGGGAGAAGCAAGCUGCAAAAGAAGAGAGACAGAAGGAAAAGAAAAUAGAAACAAGUGCACAAAAACUGCGUAAGCUCUUAAAAGAAGAAAAGAGGCUGAAGAAGAAAAGGAGAAGAUCAACUUCUUCCUCUUCCUCCUCCUCAAGUGAUUCCGCAUCUGAUGUAUCAGUUUCAUCCUCUUCCUCCUCCUCUUCCUCCUCUUCUGAUCACAAAAGGCACAAGAAAAGGAGUAGAAAUCGGUCAGUGUCCUCUCGCAGCUCCAAAAAACAUUCAUCUAGGGUUUCUUCACAUCAGCGAGAUCAGAGUAGGAAAGAUGAAUGCUACUCUCCCCCAGCUGAUACCUCUGCUUCCUUCCUUAACCAAAAAUAUGAAAUGGAAAAACUGCUGGAGCGGCAGGACAGAUUAGUAUAUCAAAAGACAGAGGUGAGAGAGAGACAGUGUUCUCUAUCAAGGACUUCUGCUGAUGAUGAAGACACUUUUGGAGGUAGGUCUGAAGAUUCAAGGGAUUCUUAUGGUAGCUCCAAGACUCAGUCAACCAGCAGCAAAAAUGAAAAACAGGGUAAAGCAGACAGAUCCUUCUCUAAUAGGAGGGGUUCCUCAGGUUCUUAUCACUGGAAGUCAGAUGAUAAAAUCAAGACACAUGAUUUUAGAAAGUUAGAAAAGGAAGUAGAGGGGAGAAAAGAGCAGUUUAGAAAGCGUGGUUCCAGUCAGAGCAUGUAUUCCACUUCUCCAGCAGGGUCAGAUUACUCAGGCAAGUCAGUAGAAAAGAAUAAACAGUACAGCAGCACUUGGUUAUAUGAGUACAGUGGAAAUGAUGAUGGUAGCAGACGUGAGUUAACCCAGAGUACAAAUGAAAGGAGAGAAUAUAAAAAUAGGGAAAGUAGUCAUGGGGAAACUACUAAAGCAAAGGAGCUAGAUGAGGAAACUACACUCAAUGGUAAAGGGCAAUCAGAAAGUGGUGUUAAAAAGAGCCUGCCCCAGAACUUACUCAACAUAUUCAAUCAAAUUGCUGAAUUUGAGAGACAAAAAGGAAGUAAGCAGAAAAACCAAUAAAGUACCUAAGAAAAUAUCUUUAAUUGCUAUUGAGCUUGUGCCCUUAAAAUCUGUAUGAAAAAUGGACAGAACAGAGUCUGUUUUUCUGUCUUGCAAAAUGUUUGUUUAAAGGUUGGUAUUAGUCAAGUUACAGGAGAUCCUUUUGACAGACAGGUAUAUGCAAGAGUAUCAUGUUAUAUAUCAGACAACUUUUAAGAGCAUAGAAUCAGAUUUUUUUUUAAAUUUAGGAUACUCAUGUAUAAUUAACAUUGUUUAUAACUGUGUGAUUGGAAGAAAACUUUAUUCGUUGCUACCCUUAAAAUAUAGCUAACUGGCAUCAAGUUUGCACUUUAAACACACUGGUAUCUUUUCUAAAGUACAAAAAUGGAAACACAAUAGUAUCAUUAAACCUAAUUUUUAGCUGUUGAAAGGGAUUAUUUGACUGAAUGAUGCACAUGUGCCAGCAAUGUGUAUAACUUUUGUUUAAUGAUUUAAUCAUUAAAUUUUAUUAAAAUUUGCUCA